AUGUAUGUAACAAGGUCUUUGUCUAUGUAUAGAAGAUCUCCUAGUACUUUGUCAAUACCACCACCAGAUGGUCCAUAUUCAGGUUAUUUAGUUAUCACAGAUGAGGAAGCAGAAGCUGAAGACGUGUGUUGUUGGCAUCUAUAUAGGCGUAAGAAAGUUAAGAAACUACCUUUUCCUCAGGACAAAAUCUUCUCAAUCACUCAUGCAUCUGAGUAUCAACAAACUUCAAGUGCCAAGGUUUGGUUUCUCCCUGUGCCUGAUCACCCUCUCUCUUCCAACCGCUACUAUGUCAUCAGAGCCAAAGGCAGACAUAAGGGGAAAGCAUACAAAUGCUCAAAAGAGGGGGACAUUGUUAGUUGCUGCUUCACUGACGUCUUGAACGACAAGAGGCCAAAGCCUUUCAAUCUGAAAGACUUGUACCAAAUUUUUAAGAUUCAUAGUCAUCAAAGUGGAGGCUUUUUUGCUAGGUCCAUUACUCCUGAUGGCAUUCCUCCCUCAUUCCUAAGGAAAAAGGGAUGGAGAGUUAGAAUAUCAGGUUCAUAUAGAUCUUGCAGGCUAGGUGAAGCUCUAGGUGUUGAUGCUCCUCUAAGGGAACAGCUUCCAGAUUUCAAUUUUCCCAUCGCUAGAAAACGUUCACCUCCUAUGACUGUAGGAAAAUGGUAUUGUCCCUUCAUAUUUGUGAGGGAAGGAACAAGAGUUAGACACCAAAUGAAGAAGUCAAUGUUUUAUAGCAUGACACUUGAGCAAAGGUGGGAAGAGGUUUACACUUGUGGCAAUGAUGAAAGUGAAGGGGAUGUUGUGAUUGUGAAUGUUUGUCUGGAAAGAGAGGUGGUUUUGGUGAAUGGCAUGGAAGCCACAAAGAACGGAAGAACUGAUGCUAAUGGUUUCUUUUGGUUUAGAGCAUACAAUCCAUAUAAUAGGAGAAGGGCUAAUGUGGGUUUAAGUUCAGCAAUUGUUGACCACAUGAGAUGGGUGCAAGAGGCUGGAGGAUGGGUUUAUGGGCAUGGAAGAGAAAGAAUGGUGAGAGUGAGAGAAGAGGCAAGAAGCCAGAGUGAAUGGCUCAGGUUUGGGUGUUAUGUGUUGGUGGAAAGCUUCUGUUUGAGGACACUAGAUGGAAGAUUAGUGUUGAGAUAUGACUUUAGGCACACACACAAGGUCAAAUGCAAAUGGGAGUAA